CCCGCGGCACAACGCGGCGGCUCCCGACCGGGCCGAGCGCGGCGUCACCGGAUGGGGCGGGCAGCGCGCAGCGCUUCCGGGCGGCCGCUGCCUGACGUUGAGGAACCGCGGCGCGGGGCACGCUGUCUUGAAGAAUGUCGGGAAGCUUCUACUUCGUGAUAGUUGGCCAUCAUGACAACCCCGUGUUUGAGAUGGAAUUCCUGCCUCCUGGAAAAGCGGAGUCCAAGGAUGAUCAUCGCCAUCUCAACCAGUUCAUUGCCCAUGCUGCUCUUGACCUAGUAGAUGAGAACAUGUGGCUUUCUAACAACAUGUAUCUGAAGACUGUGGACAAGUUUAAUGAAUGGUUUGUUUCUGCUUUUGUCACGGCUGGACAUAUGAGAUUUAUAAUGCUUCAUGACAUAAGGCAAGAAGAUGGAAUAAAGAACUUCUUUAAUGAUGUAUAUGACUUGUAUAUAAAGUUUGCAAUGAACCCAUUUUAUGAACUCAAUUCACCAAUUCGAUCCAGUGCCUUCGAAAGGAAAGUGCAGUUUCUUGGGAAGAAGCACCUUUUGAGCUGAAUAGAUAACUUUCCUGAGUGAGUCCUUUUCCAUGCUUCCCUGAUUUGAACUGUAGUUCUGGGUAGUUCUCAGCAUGCUGGAUAUCCAUCUUCCUGAAGAUUGACAAAUUGGAUGCUGAAGUAGCUUUUCUUCUUGUUGAUACAGAUAAAACAGCCAAAUUCUCUGGUUAAAAAAUGUACCUUAAGGAGUUUGUCUUACAAAAACUAAGUGUAACAGUGCCUGGGCUGAAUAGGUACAAAGUGAGGUAUGUCAGUGCAUGUGCAAAAUGUAAGUCUCUUACAGAGGGUGAGAGGACAUCUGAUCUAAACACUGAAGGCUUCUGAAUCUCUUGUGAGUUGAUUUAAUAUGAGCAAAAGGGUAUUUUUUAUUUUAUUGGCCUAAGUGGAUAAAUCUGUUGUGAACUCUUCUACUUAGUCUUUUCCUACAGAAUGUACUCUGCAGGCUAACUGGACUCUUCAUAGUAUUAAAUAAGGCAUAUAUUAAACUUCAACAUAAUAGAUGUAUUAUGAAGCCCUAAAUUAAAAUAAAAAAAUCCGCAAGGCUUUGUCUUCAGCAUUUUGGCAAGUUUUACUUUAAAAAAAAAAACUUCCAAGGUUUGUUUUUUAAACUUAAGGUUGUAAAUGUCUCACGUUUAGCACAACAGGUGCUUAGAGCUGCAGUGUUGCAUGAAUGAAACGCACAGAGCAGAUCACAAGAGCUGUCUGCACUGACUUCAAAUCUAAUUCACACAUGGAAAAAAACACAAACAAACCCAACAACUAAACUUAGGUGUUUAAACCCCCAUCUUUCUAUUAUCUCUGCAAGUGCUGAAAUACUCCUUUUGAAAGGGUAUUUAUUUCUACUGGGAUCUUUGAACCUCCAAGGACUUUGCUGGGCCUCUUUGGCUACUAUCUCAUUCUAAAAUGUGGUUAUGUACUUUUUUUUUUUUUUUUUUUUUUUUUUUUUUUUUGCAAAACUUCAUUUUUAACUACUGAUUUUUAAAGGGGUCAUUCAGCAUAUAUAUACCUACUAUUUUGGCUGGUUUCACAAUUGGUUAGUCACAAUCUUUUGUGAAAUCUGUUUCUUUCUGCAGAACGUGUCUGAUAAGCAAUUUCCAAAGGAAGAGGCACACUAUUCUAAAUAAAUAAAUACAUCUUGUGUAGUUUGUGUACUAAAGGGACCACAGAUGUAGGCACUUUAUGUACAACCAGUUAUUAUUUCUUUGUAAUUUAUACGCAAUGCUGAAGCAUCACUGUAAAAUAUUCCCUGUGAGAAGCAACACUGUGCAAUAUAGAAUGUGAUAUUUACCUUAAAUAAAAGGAGGACUGAUGCAGCAUGGAUGUGUGUUGACUGUACUUUAAAUGACUUUAAGAGAAGAGCAGAUAAGUGGGGCAAAGCUACUGGCAGGACAUUAAGUGAAGGUGGGAAUACUUGUCUUGGCAGUACUGUUUAAUGACAUCUGCAUCAUACAACAUUUUGACAGUGUCAUGUAAUCUCAUGUAAAUUUUUUUAGACACAUACAUGAAAUGAACAAACACCCUUGAAGCAAAGCAUUCUUACUUAUACAGUGGCCAAAACGUUACUAACAGGAUCCCCUAAUACUUAACCUGAAAUGAGUCAGGGAAUUGAAACGUGUACCACAACUGCCCACCUUCAUAAUGAAAGGGAAAUGUUAAGCCUUCACAAAAAUGUGUAUGUGUUGCUGAGUAUGAUGAAGUUGUUUAGUUUGGUACAAUCCAUAUCUGCUUGUCAUAGAGCUGCCACUUCUUCCAAGUACUUGGCAGUCUCUCUCACACCAAAGCCAACUUCUACGUAGGCUGCAGUCUUAUUCACUACAGCAAGUAAACUUCCUUUACCAUUUUUGUAAUUAGUGCACAGUUGUGGUAGAGCAGUUCUCACGGCGCACUACACUUGCUGUAUUAAAUGGUGUUUAAACCUGCUUCUCAUAAGGAGGCUGGGUAAUCAUGGCAUUACAUAGAAAUGUAGGAGAAACAAGAGAACAUAGAAAUUGGCUAUUAAGCACAAGAAAAACUACUACACCUGGUUUUCAUCCUUAUUUCCUUUUAUAGAUUUUAUUAUUAAAGUUUUAAUUAUAAUAAGAGGUAAUUUCAUCUAUUUUAUUUUAGUCUCACUUCUGCAAAAGUUAAGGUUCAAGGAAAUUAAGGUUCAAUCUAGCUUACCUUCUUUCUUUCCUCACAUCUUUCCUUCACUCACUAUAAAUCUGAAUAUCACAGAAGCAGCAGGUCAGCCUGUAUUUUGCAGUUCAGUGACUGAAACUUAAAACACAACUCUGUCACUGUAUGUACAGGACUUUGAAUGCAAAAUUUGUCAAAAUAUCACCUUGCAGCAGGAGCAGCAGAUCUGUGGAGUAAACAUGGUUAUGAACAGGUUCAAAUGAGCAUAGAAAACAUUGAGGAAAGCAUAUAAGAGCAACAAGAAGUUUGUUUUGCAAGCUUUACUUCUAAAUAACAUCUGGUACAAAGCAAACACGUUAAGACUCCUGCUGUUACUGUACUAUCUAGAAAAGCUUCUCCAUGACAACAAAAAGGUUGCAGUACAGAAAGCAGAGUCUGCACAAUUUAGUGAGAAACACGGCCUGUCCUGUAGGCCUCUGAUUUCCUUCUGAGCUCUACAAUGUGUACGCUAACAGGCAUGCUUGUAGUCAGGUUACACAUUGAAGCAAUAGUGCAUUAUCAAGUUUGCUAUUAAAAGGAUAUUGAGCACUCUUGAGAGACAGCUUUCAAGAACUUCUCAUACAAGUAUUCUACCAUGGGACAGCAGUGGAGAGCUUCAAAUGUGCAUCCUGUGGCUUCAUCUGCAACACUGUAGAAAGAUGAUCCAUUGAACAUGGAACUUGUUUCUGCUCACUGUCAGUUAAUGAGUUCAGUAAUCCCAAAGUUUAAGUCUCUACUCUACGAUGGCAUAUUAAAUAGGCAUCAAAUUUGGCUCAAACAUUAGUUAUAGGUACCUACUUGUACUAGACUGGAAAGCUGUCACUACCUGCUAAGUCAAGAGCUUCCUGAGUUCCCUAUGUAUUGCAAAUCCUUAGUUUCACAGUACAGAGAUCACAAACACAUUCAUAGCUCAGGUGAACAAGAACAAUAAGGUCAGAACUUUAAGGCUGUAUACUAAAAGCUUUCUUGAGGAGAUCCACAUUAUGGUAAAUUACCAAGAGUUACUAAAGCUGACCAAAUAAAGUACAUGUAUCCAUUUUCAGUUAUGAAAAAUACUUUGUUUAUCCAGAUUUUUUUUUUU